AUGUCCAACGUUGGACUCGGACGCAUCGGCAUGGCCUCUUGGUUCGCGUCAAUACGCGCGUGGUUCUCGUCUAUAUUCUUCUCAAAGUCUGCAGAAAUUGCAAUAAUAGGGCUCCAGGGGUCUGGCAAGACCUCGCUCGUGAAUGUACUCGAUAUUGGUGGAGCAUGGUCGGAAGAAGUCGUUCCAACUGUGGCAUUCAGCUAUCGUAUGGUGAGGAGAGAUAACAUUAAGCUGAAGAUAUGGGAUGUUGCUGGACAACCGCGGUAUCGAAAUUUGUGGGAGAGGUAUUGCAAAGGGAGUAGCGCGAUAGUUUUCGUUGUCGACUCGACAGAUAAGCAACACUUUGAGGAUGCAAAGUUUGAACUACAUAGUCUCUUGGGGGAGAAGAGUCUGGUUGGGACGCCUCUGCUGGUACUGGGUAAUAAGAACGAUCUUCCAGGACACGCGUCUGCAGAAGAACUGAUUGAGGCACUAAAUCUGGAUACCAUCACGAACCGGCCUGUAUCAUGUUACUCGGGCUACGUCCAGUGUUCAAUGAAGAGCCAGCACAACUUGGAUGUUGUGAUCAAAUGGCUGGCGAAAACGGCGUCGUAG